CACUUUUGAGUGGCCCAUUUUUCAACAGUGUCUGCCUCUCUCUAGAAGUUGGAACAGCAACACAACCAAGUCUCCUCUCCUUCCUCCUCCAUCGCUCGACUCUCAGUCCCUGACAAACUUUCCUUUCCCUAAAACCCUAAACGAAAAUGGGCAUAUGAACAAAGCUCUUCACUACUCCUCCAAUGGCGGAGUUGUCACUCUAUGCCUUUUCUUGGCGCUUGUCCUCUUUCCACACCCUCCUCAUUCCACGCCACGCUUCCCUCAAACCCUCCCAUGUACUUCGCAAUCAAAGACCACCAUCUCAUCUCAGUUCCUUCCUCUCUUACUGUUCUUCGACACCAACCCCUUCGCAUUCAGAUGAUGAUGAGUUCGGGCUCCUUUCCUCGACUGAUUGUUCGGAUGGAAGCAUCUUGUUCCGGUUUGGGUAUGCUAGUGAAAUUGCAGGAAGAGUUGAAUUAGAAGGAGCUGAAGGCUUAGCUGAGGUAGAGAAAGCUAGCAAAUGCGUGGAGAGUGAGGUUGUGGAAGAAUCGAAGCUUUUGGGCAGGGAUGAUGGAGUGGUGGAUGAGGAGUUCUCUGAUACUAGGAAAAACAAAAAAACUUCACUUUGGGAUAGUGAACACAGGAUAGCUUCUGGCGAGGUGAUUAAUGAUGUUGGUGAUGAGAUAGUUUUGUGCAGCGAAGAGAGUGAUAGUAAUGUGGUUGAAGCUGUGAAAAAUAGUAGAAUUGAACUAGAGGACAAAAUAGUUUUGUGCAGAGAGAGUGACAAUGAUGUGGUUGAAGAUGGGAAGGAUCGUAGAAUUGGACCAGAGGAUGAGAUAGCUUUGAGCAAAGAACACAGUGAUGUUCCUGAGAGUGACAGUAAUGUGGUUCAAGCUGUGUAUGAUAGUGAAAUUGGACAGGAGGAUGAGGUAGCUUUGCACAGAGAACAUAUUGAUGACAUUGAAAAUGACACUACUGUGGUUGCUGCUAUAAUUGAUAGUAGCAUUGGAAUGGAGGAAAGAUUGCUGGCAGAAAGUGGUCUGGACAUCCAAUCUAGUGAUUCUUUUGACCGUGUUGUCAGGUUGGAAACCGAAAUCACUGUAAAUUCUGAGAAAAAUGCGGUUGAGGAGGAUAAGGGUCAAUUUUUAAAGCCAGUUGGUGUAUCCGAGCUUGAUAACGGAUUUAAUAUAGAAAAUAGUAGCCCUGAGGAAGAUUUUGAAGGACAUGUUGAGAAUGGAGUCAGUACCCUGGCUGUUGUUAUGGAGUCAGAAGUAGGUCCUGAUUCAGAAUUGGAUUGUGCUUCUGAGGAGAUUUUUGAGGAAAAAAGUGAGGGUGAACUGAUGAUAUCAGUGGCUUGUUCAGAGCCUCAUUCAGUUGUUGAGGUAGUAAAUAGUUUUGGAUCAUCAGAAAGUCAGGAGGAGAAUUUGAAGAUCAAAGAUAUGCAUCUGUCUACACAUGCAGAUGCAGAGCUGAGCCAUGUGACUGAUGAAGUUGGACAUGAAGGUGAUAUGAUCAAAGUGAGGCCUGUGUGUGCUGUGGUAGGGCCUGAACCAGUUCUCAAUGAGGAAACAAGUCAUGGGUCAGUUGAAGAAUCUGCUGACGCACAUGGAACUGAAAACUCAAUACCGUUAAAAGACAUUGCCCCUUCCUCAAAUUUGGAAGCAGAAACAACUGAAGAAGAUGUACAAAGUUGUGAUGCUAUAGAAGAAUCAGGCACCAAAGCAGUGGCGUUGAAAUUGGUUGAAACUACUUUGAAUGGGGAGGAAAUCUUGAUGACAGGAUUGGCUCUAUCUUCUGGUGCUGCUUUAUUGCCACAUCCAUCCAAGGCAUUGACAGGUGGAGAGGAUGCUUAUUUUGUUGCUUUCCAGAACUGGUUUGGCGUGGCUGAUGGAGUUGGCCAGUGGUCAUUAGAAGGGAUUAAUGGAGGACUAUAUGCUCGAGAAGUCAUGGACAACUGUGAAGAGAUAGUGUUCAAAUGCAAAGGGAUUCCAAUAACCAACCCAAGAGAAAUUCUUAAUCGAAGUGUUGCUGAAGCACAAUCUCCUGGAUUGUCUACAGUUUUGGUUGCUUACUUUAAUGGUCAGGUUCUCCACGUGGCCAAUAUAGGAGACACAGGAUUUCUCAUAAUAAGACAUGGCGCUGUCUUUCAAAGGUCUUCUCCAAUGGUUUAUGAGUUCAAUUUUCCAUUGAGGAUUGAAAAAGGCGAUGACCCCUCUGAACUCAUAGAGGAAUACAAAAUUGAUUUGGAUGAGGGUGAUGUGAUAAUCACUGCAACAGAUGGCCUUUUUGACAAUAUAUAUGAGCCAGAAAUCAUUUCAAUCGUCUCCAAGUCCUUGCAAGCCAAUUUAAAACCUAAGGAAAUAGCAGAGCUGUUGGCCAUGAGAGCACAAGAGGUGGGGCGGUCAUCAUCCACCAGGAGUCCAUUUGCAGAUGCUGCCAAGGCAGCUGGGUAUGGAGGAUAUACCGGUGGCAAGCUUGAUGAUGUGACAGUUAUUGUUUCAUCAGUACAAAAGAGAACAUGAUCGUGUUUACAGUAUUCUCUCUUUUUCUCUGUGUAUUCUUUAUCUCUUUGUAAAGGCCAAUAACUUUUCAAGUCUUUCAUGACUACGGAACUUUCUGGUGGUUGUCUAAAUAUAAAUAAAAAAUCAUGUAUGUAUGUAUGUGGUUGUCUAAAUAUACUUGCUUUAUGAAGAAAUUCAUAUGUUCCUUUUUGUGGG